ACAAGCAGCGAAACUUUCCUUGCUUCUUCCUCGUCCGUGUCGACAUCUGCAGUCUGCUGCUUCUCUAUGGAAUUUUCACUUUCAUACAUUUUACAUGUAUAAAUUUGAGAUUAAAGUUGCAAUUGUAAAGGUCAAUGGGAAAAACAUAGUUGACUAAAAACAUAUAUAUGGUUGCACUAUGCUGUCAUCGCAUAGACUUUUCUUUUCUUUUGGGGAAAUUACACAUUAUAUUAUGAAAGAAAUGCAGUUUAAGAAAUUGUAGUUGUGGGGGAAAAUAAAGUACUAAUUUUUAGCUUUACUGAAGUUGGAUUGUUUGAGAAAGAAAGCCCAAGUAUGUUAGGAUCAAAGUGAGUACUUUUGAUCUUCUGAUUGUUUGGUUACUCAUCACACAGUACAGUGGUUAAGGUUAUUCUGAAGAUCUUUUGAUUGUUUUAAACUCUCUAUUUUCUAAUUGACGUGACUAUCCAACUUUCACCACUUCCUAACAUCUUGACAACACUCCUUUAGAAGAUUCGCUUUGUGUAGUAUAGAUUAAUUUUGUAUUCUCUUAGUCCAAGUUACCAAUUUGUAUUCAUUUGAUUUAAUUAUCAGCAAAGUUUCUCUAAUUAUGCUUUUAAUUUCUAGAUUCCAAUGAUGAACAAUUUAAGUUCCCCAUGACAAAGUUAUCACAAAGUUCUGAAAAUAUAAUUUGGCCACUUCCUAGAUGAUAAACUAUUCCUAUGUAUAUGUAAUUAUAGAUUGAAUUACACUCAUUCACGUAGAUCGUCUAACUAACAUAUACCCGGGCGUAGCCCGGAUUUUCCCCUAGUAUUAAUGCAUGAUUUUCCUUUGAACACAUUAAUACAUAAAUUUCUUCUUAAACCGACUUUACAAAAAAAAAAACUAUAUAACAUGUAUGUAGGCUUACAAAGAAAAAAAACAUUAAAAGAUGGAUCCAAAAAAGAGAAAACAAAAGCUUAGCACAUCAUCAGAAACCGCAGGUACCUCUCCCUCAAAGAUAAAUUCAGAAAAGAAGAAAAAGCAAAAACUUAGCAAAUCACAUGUAAUGGCAAGUCCCUCUCUCUCAGAGAAGGAUAUGGUAGAAGCGAUGAAGAAGCAAAACGAGGCUGCUAUGUUCCUUGCGGGGAAAGUAAUCUCUGCCCUAGAUAGAAACUCUAACUUCGUCUUCUCUCCCGCAUCAAUCAACACCGUGGUCACCAUGACGACUCCUGGUUCUGACGAGCGUAACGCUGUCUUCAGCGAGAUCGCUACCCUCGUCUUCGCUGACGGUAGCACCAAGGGCGGCCCCAAAAUCUCAGCGAUAAACGGAAUUUGGGUCGAGCAAUCACUCCCCUUUGAUUCCUCUUUGAAGGAUCUCUUGGAGAAAUUUUUCAAAGCUACUUUUGCUCAAGUUGAUUUCCGAUUCAAGGCUGAACAAGUGCGUCGUGAGCUGAAUAAAUGGGCUUCCGAUCACACCAAUGGUCUCAUCAGAGACCUUCUUCCUCCUGGAUCCGUUAAAAGCGAAACCGUUCAGGUUUAUGGAAACGCAUUGUACUUCAAAGGAGCAUGGGAAAACAAAUUUGACAAGUCUUUAACCAAAAUCAACAAGUUUCAUCUACUCGAUGGCAAACAAGUACAUGUGCCUUUCAUGAGAAGCUAUAAAAGUCAAUAUAUCAAGGCUUACGAUGGUUUCAAGGUCCUUGGACUACCAUACCAACAAGGCCAUGAUGAUACCAAACGAAAAUUCUCAAUGUAUUUCUAUCUUCCCGACAAGAAUGAUGGAUUGGAUAGUCUUUUGAAGGAAAUGGUAUCUACUCCUGGAUUUGUAGAUAGUCACAUUCCGAGAUACCGAGUUGAAGUGGCUGAUUUCAGAAUUCCAAAGUUUAACAUCUCUUUCAUGUUUUCCACUUUGGAUUUUCCUGAACUUGAUUCAUUGUCGUUGUACCAUAAAGCUUGUGUCAAGAUCGAUGAAGAAGGCGCUGAAGCUGCGGCUGUUACUUUUGGAAUGAUGGAAACAAGCACUGGUUUUCAUAUGGAGAAGAGGAUAGAUUUUGUGGCAGAUCAUCCAUUUCUUUUCUUGAUUAGAGAAGACAAAACCGGAACCAUUUUGUUCCUUGGUCAAAUCUUCGAUCCUUCGAGAAAAUCGAAUUAGGUUAGGUCCUCUGGUAGUUUUGUGAGUUGAAACGAGAUUGGUUCUGGUUACUUCUGUUAAGAAGGUUUGGUUCGAUCAUUUUUGAUUCUUCGGUUGGCUUUGAUCGUUUCUGUUA